GUUCGCCGUUACAAAACAGAGAGAGAAGAGAAGAGAUGGUGCAAGUGAACGUGAUGGACGUGCUCAUCUGCGCGAUGCCUCUGCUGGCAGCAGUGGCGCAGCGACGCAAGCUGUUGACGGUGGAUGGUGCCCUUGCCGCCAUCCCCGUGGGUGUGGCCAUCAGCUACCACGGAAGCACCUCGUUCAUCAUGCUGGCCCUCUUCUUCGUCAUCGGGUCUCUUGCCACGAAAGUUGCUGCCAAACGGCAAACACACCGCCGCGAUACAGACACUGACGCAACGACAGGUCGAAAUGCAUGGCAGGUGCUGGCCACUGGCGGCGUUCCUGCUCUCCUCUGCCUCGGCAUGUCCACUGGCUAUCUUGCCCCCAAGUGGGAAGUGGGCUACUUCGCGUAUCUGGCUUGUUGCUGUGGAGACACGCUUGCGUCGGAGAUUGGGCAGCUGUCCAAGACUGCACCACGCCUCAUCUCCACCUUCCAACCCGUCCCCACGGGCCGCGACGGCGCCGUCUCCGUGCUCGGCACUGUCAUGAGCGUGGUUGGUGGGGCCAUCAUCGGCGCUGCUCAUGGCACGUGGCAGGGUGCUGCACAGGGCGCACUCUACGGCGCAGCAGGCUCCAUCCUCGACAGCUGGUUUGGCCUCGUGCUCCAGCCACCGUCCCUCGUCGCAAACUCGAAGCUGUGGGCGCCGCUAAACGUUCUUGUGAACCUUCUGUCGGCCUCCACCCUCGCCAUCGCCGUCACCGCCGUGUCUGGCACAUCACUCUCCGUGAUCGUGCACGUGGUGCUGGCCGUCAUGGUGGUGUUUGUUGCAACGCAGCUGCUCCUCCUUCGCUCGCCGGUUGCCGGUGAUUACACGCGUAUGCUCUGCGGCGCGUUCCUGCUGGCCGCACUCCACACCCACUGCAUCGCCGGCGCCCUCGCCCCUCUUGGCCUCGCCUCUCCCCUGCCCUCCCCAACGCCCGCUUCGUCCGGCUGCUGCAACAGCGUGUGCAUCAUCGCUGCGAGCGUCUGUGCGCUCCUCGCAUGGGGUGUUGGCACGCGCAAGGGCCAGCGCAAGGAGGCCGUGAUCGCCGUGGGCUGCUUCGCCAUGCUCUUCGUCAUCACCGGUCGCUGCCCAUGCAUCGAAUCCGCCAUUCGAAGCGCAUUUCCCGAGCCCAUCGCCGCAGCUCUCACCCCAUUCACCACCUCCUCCGCGUCAUCAGCAAAUACCGCGGACCAGGGCACCGCCGCAUCAUCCUCCUCCUCCUCCUCGUCAUCAUCUCCAGACGUCGCUGUGCUGGCCGCCGCCAUGCUUCUCAUCCAGCCGCUCGCACGCAUCGUCGCCCACGCUGCCCGCACUGCCCUGGUGCAGGCCGUGCGUGGACGCAACGCAAGCCGCACCGCAAACGAAAUGCUGAUUGCCCUGCUGCAGAUGGUGGUCGCCGCCACCCUGUAUGCGUACAUGCUUGGCCACUGGCGCUCAUGUGACAGCGAGCGCAGCAGUCACGCCACAUGCACAUCGGCAACACCAGCGGCGCGCACGAGCGGGGAUGCAGCUAAGCACGGAACGCACGACUUGGUGGCACACCUGCAUUCGUCAUACGAGGCGCUGCAGCCAUGCGACCUGACUGCAGCACUCACGUUUGGGUCCGUCUGUGCACUCAACAACCUCCUCGAGCUCACCCAUCUUCGUGAUGGCAUCAUCUCCGCCCUCCACACCCGCUUGCUCUCGUGCAUGUGAUCUGUUGUUCGCGUGGGUUUUGGCUUUGUUGGUGGUGUGUCGUGAACUUGGUGGGUGUUGUGGAAUGUGAUGAUGUCUCGGUGAUACUCUUGCCACUUGUUGUUGUCGUUGUUGUGUAAACUCAUUCAAACGAAAACAAAGGGUGGAACGCAAGCAAGAAACACAAAUGAAUCA